CGCUGCCGCUGCCGCUGCCGCCGGAUGGCGAGGCUGCGGGACUGCCUGCCCCGCCUGGCGGUCACGAUCCGCUCCCUACUCUUCUGGUCCCUGGUCUACUGCUACUGCGGGCUCUGCGCGUCCAUCUACCUGCUCAAACUUUUGUGGAGCAUCGGCAGGGCACCCGCGCAGACCUUCCGGCGGGUCGCCCGGGAGCAGCCCCCCGCGUGCCUGAACGACCCUUCGUUGGGUACCCACUGCUACGUGCGGAUCAAGGAUUCAGGAUUAAGAUUUCACUAUGUCGCUGCUGGAGAAAGAGGCAAACCACUCAUGCUGCUGCUUCACGGAUUUCCAGAAUUCUGGUAUUCUUGGCGUCACCAACUAAGGGAAUUUAAAAGUGAAUAUCGAGUUGUAGCUCUGGAUUUGAGAGGCUAUGGAGAAACAGAUGCGCCCAUUCAUCGAGAGAGUUAUAAAUUGGACUGCCUAAUUACAGAUAUAAAGGACAUUUUGGACUCUUUAGAAUAUAUCUUACGACAUCCUUCCCAGCUGUUCAAAUCCAGUUAUUACUUCUUCUUCCAAUUACCAUGGUUCCCAGAAUUUAUGUUCUCAAUAAAUGAUUUCAAGGCUUUGAAGCAUCUGUUUACCAGUGACAGCACUGGUAUUGGAAGAAAAGGAUGUCGAUUAACGACAGAAGAUCUUGAAGCUUAUAUUUAUGUCUUCUCUCAGCCUGGAGCAUUAAGUGGUCCAAUUAACCAUUACCGUAAUAUCUUCAGCUGCCUGCCUCUCAAACAUCACAUGGUGACCACCCCAACAUUACUUCUGUGGGGAGAGAAAGACGCAUUUAUGGAUGUGGAGAUGGCUGAAGUCACAAAGAUUUAUGUUAAAAACUAUUUCAGGCUAACUAUUUUGUCAGAAACCAGUCAUUGGCUUCAGCAAGAACAACCUGACAUAGUGAACAAAUUGAUAUGGACAUUUCUAAAAGAAGAAGCAAGAAGAAGGGAUUGACUUUUCUGUAUCUUUUAUGUGGGUUCUGUAAUGAAAUCUCUAGAUAAUUUUUAAAUUAUUAAUUAUUGUCAAUAUUGUCCAUCAAUUUCUUUAAGCUUUAUUAGGAGAAAAAAAAAAACUCAGUAUGCUUUCUCAUAAAUGUCCUGACAAAUGCUAUUGGAAUCUGAGAAUGUGUGACCAUAUAAUGUGAUACUGAUUUUCUUCUGUUAUGUUUUGCACAGAAAAGCAUCUGCCUUAAAAUGUAACAAUUCUACAAAAGAAAGUUGGAAAAGUGGCUCAAUUUUGUUUUCUUGCUUUCUUUACCCUGUCAACAUAUGGUGCCUUUACAAAUGUAUAUUAAAGAUUAGCUGUGCCAUAUAAAAGGCAAACCUGAAAUGGUAUAAAUUUUUAUUUUAUUGUUCAGAAGUUCUUUUUACUCUUUUUUAACCAUUAAAAAGUUCUAUUA